AUGUUGGAUGCUCCGGCGGCGUCAACUCCCACCUCUGCGGCCCAUCGUACGCGUCGUCGCCCGCUCGCUCCCCGCUCGCUUUCUAUAGUCACCACACAACCCCACCAGGAGAAUGCUGGGCCCGUCUCUACUGUCUCCGACGACGCUGCUCCCCCCGCCGACCCCCCCUCCAUGUCGUCCUUCCCGCCCUCCCUCACGGCGACCACCACCCAGAGUCAACCGCCUCCGCCUCAAGCAGAACCUCCAGGACAACCGUCCCGAUCGCUUCAGCGACCGCUGCCCCCGGCCCUGCACUUGACCACCACCGGCGCCGCCAUCGCCCCGUCGCCGCGCCUCGCGACCACGACCACCCCCGUGGCCUCCUCGACCGCCGGGCCGCAGCCGAGUCCAACGGGGGCCGGUGCACCACACGAUGAGCACAGUCACGCCCCCAGGGUUCCCUUGCCGUCGCCGCCCCCAACCGCCGGAUCGGGACCGCGCUCUUCGCGAGACCAGCUCGUCCACGGGGAGCAGGGUGCGCACCCGCCGGCCGCAUUGUCGUUGACAUCCCCGGUUCCCACCCCGACCCCGGGCGAGAUGAGUGUCGACACAUCGAGAUUGCCCUCGCAUCCAGCCUCUCAUCACGCCCCGACCGAGUCCCCCCGGAGCAUGUUCCUUCCCACACCGUCGGCGCAUCAUCCGGCUCCGGCCCCCUCGGUCCCCGGCUACCCGUCCGUCCCCGCGGUGGACGCGGAGUUCUAUGCCCUCUCCUCGCAACGGUUGAGCGUCUACUCGCAGCACCGAAACCGGUCGGCGGGUGGUGACAUGUCGUCCAAAGUGGUCGAAAACCCGCGACUCCAUCUCCUGCAAAAUGCCUGUGGCUAUGGCGACACGCUCUACAUGGCCAUCCACCAGAUCUACUGCAUCCACAGUAUCGCCCCCGCCCUGUUCUACCAGAUCCCGGGCUUCUCCACCCCGCAGGCCGACGGCUUGACCAUCCUCCGACAGCUUCUGGUCGACAACCAGCGCCUGUCGCCCGACUUCCUGCAGUGGGUGAUGAACUUCCCCGCCCCCGUCAGCAUCCUGAUGCACUCGCCCGUCUACCGGCUGGCCUUGGACCAGGCUGCCCAGUGCCUAGCGCGCUUGACCGAACAGUGGCCCGCCUUUGACCUGCGCAUCCGCAGUCGCGACUAUCCGCCGCUGGCCGACGAACUCCUGAUCGUCUUUGGCAUGGCCUCCCGCACCCUCCAGAACGUCGUCUUCUUGGCCAUGGCCCGCCGACUGCCCGUGCUCCGCCCGGAGGCCGACCUGGAGGCCAUCUGGGAACGGGACGUCGGCCACCAAAACCGACGCUCCGCGCAGCUGGUCACCCAGGCUCAGAUGCGCUGGGAGAAUGAACAGAUCAUUCAUGCCUACCAGUCGGUGCCGCCCCUUCCGCCCGCCGAGUCGCCCGGGCCUCUGAUCGCCGGCCCCGGCCGACGCCCUUCGAGCCGACGCCCCUCGACGCACACCCCGGGGGGGAGUGUGAGCCCUCAUCUGCGGGUCGCCGUACAGCGCGCCCCAGGCGGCGAGCCACAACCUCCCGGAUCGCCCGCCCGUGCCUUCCACCCGCAGAGCUAUCGGCACCCGGCCCCCGUCUCCCACGCGGCGGCGGCGUCACCCCGCAUGGCCACAUUCGCGCCCUCGGCCGGCGGUCCCCCAGCGAUGCGGCCGCCGUCGCGGGGGGUCGCGUCCCCGACGACCAUUGUGGCCCCGUCCUCCCCGCACGGAUGGGCCGGCCAGCCGCAGCCCCGGAUCGAGCGGCGCGCCGACGGGACGGCGGCCGUCACGACGUGGUCGGGCCGGGCCCGGAUGCCGCCGCCCUUUCCCCACCAGCUGUCUCGCGCCUCCGCACCGCCGGUCUAUCCUCCCCUGCUCCCGCCGCCGGGGGUGAUCCCACCCGCUACGUCCCGCACCAACCCGUUCCGCCACGCCCUGCACCAGGCCCACCUUCGGGACCCGUACAGCCGGAUCGUGGUGCGCGGGCUGGACGGCGAAGAGGGCGAGGGCGAGCUCUUCCCCCACCUGUCCGCGUUCUCGGUGGGCCCGACGCCCCUCGGCCCGAAGCAGUGCGCCUUCGCGUGGGAGUUCACUCUGUCCCCCGCGGACUGCCAGCGGUUCCCGCAAUUUCUGGGGACGCCCGUCGGGCAGCGCCCCUCGCGGAUCGUGCGGGAUGGCAGCCAGAUCUACCGACUGCGCUGCAUCCGGGUGAGCCCAUCGACCACUGCCGUCAGCCCGUCCGCGUGGAGCGUGGCAGACGCCAUCUGGCCGAGCCUGGCUUACAUCUUCGUCAACGGGGCCGAGCUCUCCUUCCGCCGCAAGCUCCACCACGGCAAAGACCUACCCCAGGAGAUCACGAGGCACCUGCGCCCGGGGACCAACACCGUCACCCUGCAUCUGAUCCGCAACGCGGCCGAGUCCAAGGACCAGUUCUACGCCGCCGCGGUGGAGGUCCUCGACAUCACCUCGUUCACGCAAACCAUCCGACUUGCCGCCUUGCUUCCCGCCGGCCAGUGCCGCGAGCGGAUCCGCCAACGACUCCACCCGGCCGCACGGGACGACGACGACGUGAGCAUCGUCAGCGAGGAGCUCACCGUCAGCCUAGUCGAUCCCUUCACGGCGCGGAUCUUCGACCGUCCCGUGCGGGGCCAGCGCUGCGCCCACCAAGAGUGUUUCGACCACGACACGUGGAUCCGCACCCGCGCCGCCAAGUCAGACCGACAGGCCUUGAAGGACGACUGGAAGUGUCCCAUCUGCGGCCGCGACGCCCGACCUCAAAACCUGGUGAUCGAUGGCUUCUUGUGCGAGGUGCGCAACAUCCUGGCAGCGACCAACCGCCUGGAAGGCGCGCGGGCCAUCCAGGUCAAAUCAGACGGCAGUUGGACCCUGAAGGACGAAGCUGACCGCCCGGCGCCGCAGCACGGGGGAGCCGGUCCCGACGUGUCCCGUGGGCCCCCAAAGCGCAAGUCGAUUUGCGUGGACGAUCGACCUGCAUCCUUGACCCAGCGGCCGAAGAUAGAACAGGCCCGCUCUCAAACUCAGAUUCAGACUAUGGGCGAUGCGCGCAGUCCCUCCGUGGAGGUUAUCUCUCUGGAUUAG